UACUUGGACCUGAGCAUGAACAAUUUCUCGGGACAAAAUAUUCCUGAAUUCCUUAGGUCUUUCAAGUAUUUGGAAUACCUUAACCUCUCUUACUCAGGUUUUAGUGGUGCGGUCCCUCAUCUAGGAAAUCUCUCGAGGUUACAAAAUCUUUAUCUUAAUGAUAACGAUUUGAUGGUAAAGAAUGAUUUGGGGUGGGUCUCAUUGUUGUCGUCGUUAAAGCACUUAGAUUUCUCAGGGAUAACAAUCGGUAACCAUAUUGAUUGGUUCCAUCCAGCUAACAUGUUACCCUCUUUGCUUACACUAAACUUGGCCAUGUGUGACAUCCAUAUCCCCGCCACAAAGUUGAUCAAUUUCACUUCUCUCAAUUCACUAGAUCUCUCUUCCAAUGGUAUCAACUCCACCAUUCCUGUCUGGUUAUCAAACCUUACUGGCCUCGUGCAUCUAAACCUUAGAAAUAACAGCUUCCAUGGGGGAAUACCUGAUUCCAUUCGAACCUUGAACUCUAUUUCUUCCAUCGACCUUUCAUGGAAUCAAUUGUCUGGUCCGGUACCUCCCUCACUUGGUGGUCUAUCAUCUUUAAAACUACUCGAUCUUUCUGUUAAUCAAUUGAGUGGGAGCAUACCUGGAAGCAUUGGACUACUCACGAGGCUACAAUAUCUCUUUCUUCAAUAUAAUGAAUUUAGUGGGAACAUUCCCACUAGUUUUGGUCAACUUUCAAACCUCCAUUCCCUUUUUCUUGAUGGUAAUGAAUUGACUGGGAACAUUCUCGCUAGUCUUGGUCAACUUUCAAACCUCCAAACCCUUUUUCUUGAUGGUAACCUAUUGAGUGGGGUUGUUUCUGAAAUUCACUUCACAAAACUCUACAAUCUAACUAUAUUGGGGUUGUCUGGUAAUUCAUUGAUGACGUUUAAUGUGAGCCCUCAUUGGAUUCCUCCCUUCCAAUUGAAGUAUUUUGAUGCAAGCUCCUGCAACAUAGGACCCCAAUUCCCAAAUAUUCAAACAUCAACAGCUCUUGGGUUUUUAUAUCUUAGAAAUUCGGGUAUAAGAGAUACAAUACCAGAAUGGUUUCAGAAUAUCUCCUCUCAUCUUCAGCGUUUGGAUCUGUCCAACAACCAGAUCCAUGGAGAUCUGGCACAAAUAAUAGCAAACAACACAGGUCUUGAAGUUGUCAAUCUUGGGAACAACCGUUUUAAUGGAAGCAUUCCAGCGCACUUAUGUGAGCAGCUUAGUUUAAAAGUAAUGGAUUUAUCCAAUAAUAACUUAUCUGGAGUUCUUCCCAUGUGCUUAGGAAACUUGAUUCAAUUAGAGGCGAUCGAUCUUACAAAUAACACUAUAACGGGAGAUAUUCCAAGCUCAUUAGGUUCUUUAUCACAGCUUCGGUCCUUGCAUUUGCACAACAACAAAUUUCAGGGCAAUAUUCCGUUAGCUUUACAUAACUUGAUAGGCUUAGAAACCCUUGAUUUAGGGAACAAUUUGUUGACAUGUAAUAUCCCUUCUUGGAUUGGAAAAAGGCUAUCGAAGCUUAGAAUCUUGAAUCUCCAAUCGAAUAAGUUAAAGGGUAAGAUUCCAACCGAACUUUGUCAAAUUAAUCAUCUUCAACAUUUAAACCUGGCAAAUAAUAGUAUAACAGGAAAUAUCCCUCAUUGCUUUUGUAAUUUAACUGGUAUGAUUAUGAGUGACUUCAACUUCACAUAUGAUGGCUAUGGAUAUGAAGAAAAUGUCGAGGCAUACAUAAAGGGUAUUCAAUUGAAGUAUACCAAGACAACCAGGUUUCUUAUAUCCUUAGAUCUCUCGAACAACAAAAUUGAUGGCGAAAUUCCUGAUGUAUUGACGAAGCUUAUAUCAUUAAAAAAUUUAAAUCUUUCGAGAAACAUGUUAAGUGGACACAUUCCAAAAAACAUUGGAAAUAUAAAGUCAAUUGAAUCUUUAGAUUUGUCGACAAAUAAGUUGUCAGGUCAAAUUCCUCCAAGUAUGGGUAGCUUGAUCUUUCUAAGCUACUUAAACUUAUCAUUCAAUAAACUAUUUGGUCCAAUACCAGUUGGAAAUCAGUUUAAUACUUUUAAUGAUCCUACAAUCUAUGAAGGGAACAACAGACUAUGUGGAAAACCACUGCCAAGGAAUUGCAAGGAAAGCAAUUUAUUAUACACUCAUGUUGGUGAUGGUGAAAGUAAAGAUAGUUCACACGGUUUGUCAUGGUUUUAUACCGGUAUGGUCUCGGGUUUCGUUAUCGGAUUUAUAGGAUUUAUUGGUAGCUUGCGCUUUGUUAGGAUUUGGAGGAUAAUUUACUUUGAAAUGUUAGAGAAUGUUUGCAGGUGGCUAACUAUUUCAAUUCUAGUGACUCUUUCUCGAACUAAGAGGAAGUCUUUCUAAUGAGAAUUAAUCUUUGACAAGGUUAUUUUGGUCACCUUAAACUGAUGUGAAGAUUCUACAAGAUUAUGCUUGAAGAAGCCAUAGUUUAGUGUUUUAUAAAAAGUAAGUUUUACCGUGUAUGAUUGGGUUUACUAUGACUUUACCCAAUGGAUUGUUUGUACUAUAA